GGGCGGGGCUGCCUCUCCGCAAACUGAACCAGGCUACAACCGGCAGAAGAAAACUUAGCCCGGCUCGAUCCAUGGAGGAGUGUGGGAAUGCUGUGACCGCAGGAGGAAAAGCGCACUUCGGCUCCAACACGCAGGACCGCACCGGCUACUGCUAUAAUUGAAACAGACCAAAUGUAACACUGCGUUUUGGAACAGAAAAAUAAUCAAGGAAAGGAAAAAAAAUACGCGCGUAAUGUACUGUGCCAUCGCUGUCAGCAUGAUGUGACCAAUCAUUGAUAGAGCUACCUGCGGAAAUUCAUUCAAACGGGAUUUUUUCACAGUUGGAGAACACGAGAGCGGCUGGUGAAAAGGCUGGCAGGCCUGGGGUGGGACAGGGAGCAUGGCUGAAGCGCGGAGGGAGAGCACGAGCAGCCUGCAGAGGAAGAAGCCCCCAUGGCUCCGGCUGGACAUCCCAACUGCUCAGAUGUCACUCGACGAGCCCCCCACAUUUGUCCCGCCCACGAAGAGGCAGGGUUUCCUCCGCAGUAUCAGCAUGCCAGUGGAGACGGUUCACCUCCAGUCUCCACCGCGGGAUUUCUUCGACACCAGGCGGCCAGUGUUACAACGGCAGUCGUCUAUCACCCAGACAAUAAAGAGGGGAACAGCAGACUGGUUUGGGGUGAGUAAAGAUGGCGAUGCGACGCAGAAAUGGCAGAGGAAGAGCCUCCGUCACUGUAGCCUCCGAUAUGGGAAGCUGAAGCCACAGGUGAUUCGUGAGAUGGACCUCCCAAGUCAAGACAACAUCUCCUUAACCAGCACAGAGACUCCGCCCCCCCUCUAUGUCCCCUCGUCUCAACAUGGGAUGCAGAAGAUUGUGGACCCCCUGGCCCGUGGCAGAGCUUUCCGUAUGGUGGAGGAGGUGGAUGGCUACAGUGUUCCUCAGACCCCAAUCACUCCUGGGGCGGCCUCCCUCUGCUCCUUCACCAGCUCGCGCUCUGGGUUAAACAGGUUACCACGGCGACGCAAAAGAGAGAGUGUGGCCAAGAUGAGCUUCAGAGCUGCCGCAGCAUUGGUCAAAGGUCGGUCGUUUCGAGAAAGCACCCUGCGGAGGGCCCAUCGGCGCAGCUUCACUCCGGCCAGCUUCAUGGAGGAGGACAUGAUGGACUAUCCUGAUGAACUGGACACAUCCUUUUUCGCAAGAGACAUUAUGAUGCAGGAGGAGCUGUCCACAUACGCUGAUGAGGUCUUCGAGUCCCCCUCUGAGGCGGCCAUGAAGGACGCAGAGCCCAGCACCAAAAAGGACGACACGGAGCUCACGGGCAGCGCUCUGGACAAGUCUGAGCUGGAGAGAAGUCACCUCAUGCUCCCAUUGGAGAGAGGAUGGAGGAAAGCCAAAGAGGGGACACCCGCCCCCCCAAAGGUACCCCUGCGUCAGGAGGUCAUUAGCAACUACGGGCAGCGACGUGGACAGAGGAUUGGACUUCCUGUGAAGAAACUGUUCGCUCGUGAGAAGAGGCCGUACGGGCUCGGGAUGGUGGGGAAACUCACAAACCGGACAUACCGCAAACGCAUCGACAGCUAUGUCAAGAGGCAGAUAGAGGACAUGGAUGACCAUCGGCCUUUUUUCACUUACUGGAUCACCUCAGUCCAUUUACUCAUCACUAUCUUGGCCGUUUGCAUCUAUGGUUUUGCACCCGUGGGUUUUUCCCAACAUGAGACUGUUGAUUCUGUUUUAAGAAACAAAGGUGUGUAUGAAAAUGUCAAGUUUGUGCAGCAGGAGAACUUUUGGAUUGGGCCGAGUUCAGAAGCCCUAAUCCACUUGGGGGCCAAAUACUCUCCAUGCAUGCGUCAGGAUAAGCAGGUGCACGAUCUUAUCAGGGAAAAGAGAGCUAUCGAACGCAACUCCGCCUGCUGUGUACGCAACGACCGCUCCGGCUGCGUCCAGACCACAGAGGAGGAAUGCUCGAGUACGCUCGCAGUGUGGGUGAAGUGGCCUAAGCAUUCCAGCACUCCACAGUUAAAUGGGAAAGACAGGCAGUAUGGCUCAGUCUGCCAUCAGGAUCCAAGGAUAUGUCUAGAGCCGGCUUCAGGAUCACCUCACGAAUGGCCAGAUGACAUCACCAAAUGGCCUAUUUGCACCAGGUACAACACAGGGAACCACACCAACCUGCCUCAUAUUGACUGCACCAUCACCGGGCGACCGUGCUGCAUCGGAACCAAAGGAAGGUGUGAAAUCACAUCUCGAGAAUACUGCGACUUUAUGAUGGGCUACUUCCACGAGGAGGCCACUCUCUGCUCACAAGUGCACUGUAUGGAUAAUGUCUGUGGGCUGCUCCCCUUCCUCAACCCUGAGAUUCCAGAUCAGUUUUACAGGCUCUGGCUCUCACUUUUCCUUCACGCUGGGAUCCUUCACUGUCUGGUGUCUGUGGCGUUCCAAAUGACCAUAUUACGAGACCUGGAGAAACUGGCGGGCUGGCUGCGGAUAUCAAUCAUCUACAUCCUCAGCGGCAUCACCGGAAACCUGGCUUCAGCCAUAUUUCUUCCAUACAGAGCAGAGGUCGGUCCGGCGGGAUCUCAGUUUGGGAUCUUGGCCUGUCUGUUUGUGGAGUUAUUCCAGAGUUGGCAGAUCCUGGCUCAACCUUGGAGGGCCUUCACCAAACUGCUCUGCGUUGUCCUCUUCCUGUUCGCCUUUGGUCUACUGCCCUGGAUCGAUAACUUUGCCCACAUCUGCGGCUUCAUCUCGGGCUUCUUCCUCUCCUUCGCCUUUCUGCCCUACAUCAGUUUCGGACGCAUGGACCUGUACCGAAAGCGCUGUCAGAUUAUAGUGUUUCUGCUGGUGUUUUUCGGGCUGUUUUCUGGCCUCGUGGUGCUAUUCUACGUCUAUCCCAUCAAGUGCGAGUGGUGCGAGUUGAUCACGUGCAUCCCAUUCACAGACAAAUUUUGUGAGAAGUAUGAUCUGAAUGCCCAUCUCCAUUGAACCAAGUAAUUACAAGGACAAUAUAUGGAUGUCAGUGUAUGUCUCAAGAAGGGGGCGAUGUAUGUUUCCUGUGAAACUAUGGUGAAAUGCCUUGUGUUUUUUUAUCAGACUAAAUAUCAGAUGGACUUGCUAUGUGUUUACUUACCAUUGUCACCACAGUCAAAAUAAGGUAUAUCUUUUUUAAGCCUCGUCAAGCUACCCUUUACAUGUGAGGUUACAAAAAACAAAGAAUUUUUACUUUAUAACUUCAAAGUUUUAUUACAAUUCAGGCAACGUCACAGAAGCGCAGGGAGACAAAAUGAAAUUCUUGCAAAACCUUUGGUGCCUUGUUCAGAAAAUGUACCAACUACUGCCAUAAUUUUGUUACAGUUUGCUGAGCACUCGAAUGUUUUAUUUCGUUAUUGCUUCUCAAGAAGUGAUGGUUGUUCUGAAUGUGGUAGUGUUUUAGCUACCUGGCUACUCACAUGUAACUGAAAAUAACAGUAAAAAAUAACAAAACUCAAA